UCACCGUACAGUCAUGCAGGCUGUACGCCCCGCCAACUCUCGGUGAACCGCGUCCCGCGCAACAGCUGAGUCGCUUGGCGACCGUUGACUUGUUUAAUCGGUAUAAUAUUCACUUCAGUGCACGGCUAAUAAAAAAAAGUAAAUAAAAACUAAAUAGUCAUUAUUUUAUACUCCUGUUUGCAUUAAAACUAAAGUUUAUAACUCAAAUAACCAUAGACUGUGAUAUGUUCUGAUUUUGAAAAAUUUCCGCGGGAAAAGUUACAUUUGAAUGACAAACGGCCGUAACAAUUUUGUGUCAAAUUUUGUGAUUGAUGUGUUUACAUUAUUGAAUAAAAUCUCAUGUAGUAAAUCUAUUUAAUUUAUUUUUGAAUGUGGAUUGAUAAAUUUGGCGCAAUAAAUUACAUUCCAAAUAAAUAUAUAGGGACAAUAUAAACUAAAAAAAUAGUCUUCCACGUUACUUUAAGAAAUUCUUGUGUCAAAUUGAGAGAUGGAUAAAAACGGGGGCUCCAGACUUCUGCAAAUGCAGGCCCGAUACCAGCAGAAGCAACUCCAAGAACGUGAGUUGAAGAUCGCAUCACUAUACGAGGCGCAACAGGCCCGCGCUCUCGACCGUGUGCGACACUCUCCUAGCAAUGGUGUUAGUGCUAAUUCACCACCACAACCGCCACCCGUGUCACACCAUCCUGGAAAGGUUCGUCAAAUGUUCGAAGAGCGUCGGACAAAGGCUGGAAUAGACAAGAGUUAUCCUCUACAGCCCAUCCACAAUACAGAUCGACCUGCCCGCAAGCCGCUACCUAACGGCUACACGAAAGUGUCCAGCACCUCCAGGGUGAGCGUCGAGAAGAAGAGCACGAAGCACACGAUCAGUUCACACAAUGUCGUGAAACACCAUAAAAUAGAAAACAUAGUAAACGGCUCCGGCGAUCUCAACCACAAUCACGAGCCGAAUCUAAAUUCCGUGAAACUUGCGUUGCCCAACAACAAUGGUGAGCUGAUCAAUAGCAUAGACGAAGUGGACAGGGCGGACAACAACUACUUAUUAGAAAACGAGACAUUCCCGGAUGCGCUUGCGCCGAUCCCCACCCCCAGAUCUCCAGAACCGGAACCAGAGCCUAAGAAACCACAGAGAAGAACUCCAGCAGUCGUAGCUAAAGGUAGUCCAGCAAAAGCGAAGCCUCAAACACCGGCAGCGACACCGCCAAGGAAAACUACCAGUGACAAUGCAGUGGCAGACAGCAAUAAGGCCCGGGGGGCUAUGCAACGUGGCGCCAAUCCUGUACCAAGAAGGCAACCAGUGGCCUCCCCUCAGAGCUCGAGCAGCAGCACCAAGACGCGGGCACCGUCCGGUCCGGCAACUGCCGGCGCGUCGUCCGCCGGUUCCGGCGUCGGGUGCACGGUGUGCGGCCGACGGUUCGCGGCCGACCGGCUCGCCAAACACCAGGAGAUAUGCAAGAAGGCGCACGCCAAGAAACGGAAGCCGUUCGAUGCGCUCAAGCAUAGACUUGCGGGUACAGAAGCCGAGCCGUUCAUCAACAAGGUGCGCAAGAGUCAAACCAACCCCCCCACGACGAAAGUGACCACCAAGACUUUGAACAGCAACUGGCGACAGAAACACGAAGAGUUUAUACAGGCGAUACGGGCCGCCAAGCAAGUGCAGGCGCAUCUCAACGCCGGUGGUAAACUGAGUGACCUUCCACCACCGCCCCCGUCUGAGAACCCCGACUACGUGCAAUGUCCCCACUGCAGCCGCCGGUUCAACCAGUCCGCCGCCGAGAGGCACAUACCCAAGUGCGCGAACUACCAGUUCAACAAACCUAAACCAGCCGCGAAACGACGGUAACCGGUUAUAAAACCCGCCGUUUGUCUCUGGUUGUCCCGUCGACCGGCUCUCCGGUUGACCGGAUGUGAUUUUUGGCUGUACUAAUUUUAGAACUACAAAUUAGAUAAAGAAAUUUCUGGAUAGCCCGCGCUUUCUAACUGUUCGGUUCCUAAAGUUCGGAUCUCAACGGCUGGUAUGGAGUUCGAUAAGGAAUCGGGAACAACCGGCUGGCUAAUGGACAACUGGGUACUGAACUCGCUAACAUAAAUACUCUUUACUUACGCGCUAUUUUAUUUAGUUAAAACUUUGUACGAAAUAAUCAGCCCAAAUGUACGUAACUUUUGAUGUAUUAAAUAAUCAAUAUACAAUAUAUCCUACUGGUUGUAAAAACGAGAGAGAAAUUCUUAUUUUUUUAUACAGCAUUGGUGGUAAUUAAACAUAAGGUAAUAGUAAACGGAUCCCGUAGGACGCCUGUAACACCAGAAGUGUUCCAGGCGUCUGUAACACCACAUUUAAAGAUGGAAUUCAUUCCGAAGUAUUCGCGUAGAAGUGUAUUUACACUUGAAGAUUUCUUAUUAAGGAUGUGUUUGGCUCUGGCCAUUUACUACACAGUUUCAAUGGUCAUUACGUUCGUACAUGACUUCUCGUGUUUUCAUCAAAACAAUAGCGUAGGUAAUGUAUCUACUAGACGAAUGUAUCGAAAUUAGAAAAAAUAUACCAACACAAAAAUCAAAUUUAAUAUUCAUUAAACU